GAUGCCUUGCGGCUCAUCAUCUCUUGGGAUUCAUGUGAUGCCUAAGAGUGAAAAUCCGAUAUCGUUCGAUUGGCGCACAAUUACUAACGACAGUCAGAACGAUGAAAUAAUCAUCGGCAAUGACGUUAUAGACAACACCAUAUUCCGUAUGCAAGCAAAAAGUCAAGAUUUAACAAUAUUAUCUGAAAAGACAACUUCUUCUAGUGUUUGCGAUGAAGCUUGUGGUUCAAUUAUUGCAGGUGUUCUUGGAAGUAUUUCAUUUAUUGUAGCUGCAAUUAUAGGAGUACGUUAUUACAGAAGGGAUCCCUCACCGUGA